ACAGCAUGCAGUUCCUACGAGUGUGUAGAAUUUGUCUCCAGCCUCACGUGCAAAGGGGCCGUGUAAUGCAACAACAAUUUUCGUCUGGGAAUUCCAUAAAAUAUGCAAAGAACUUAUCGUCGAAGUUGGUAACGCCAGGGGUACAAUUUCAGUUGAGAAACAUUCACAUUUCGAAUGCAUUUCGAUGGGUCAAGCAGCAACGUUUGUAUUCAUCAUCUUCACUUUACACACCAACUUCAGAAGGAGACCACGUGCCAUUUAUUUUGAACCCGGAAAUUGAGUUCAAAAGACUUUUCAGUGAUCUGAGCGAGCUGGAACGAAAUGUUUCUGCUAGAGGUCAAAAGGUCAAUCUGACUAACCUGGUGUCGUUGUGGAAGGAGCUUCAGUUGUUUGAGCAAGAUAAAAUCUGCAUUGAAGGAGAAAAGUCUGAAGUUAACAAACGGAGCAAGCAAUUGAACAAAAGUGGUCAAGGAACUAAAGAACAAAAAGAUGGACUGCAACAGUUGGGGCGAACGCUGCGAGAAAACCUACGACAAAUCAAUAAAUCUAUCGCAACGUUGUCCGAUGAGUUCUAUCCAGCAGCUCUGAAGCUUCCAAACGAUCUACAUCCUGAUGUUCCUCGGGGAUCUGCGCCGAAAGUCCUGGAAACUUUUGGAGCUGAUAAACAAGAAGAAGGCAGUGCAGAUAAAUCAGCAGGGUGGACUUCAAACGAACUUGUAGAGGAAAGUCUUCCUACCGUACACGCUGGUAGUGCAUUCCUCAAACAUGAAGCAGCAUUGAUGGAGCUUGCCCUGACGCAGUGGGCGAGUCAAGAACUCAUCCAGCAAGGAUUCGUCCCGUUCUCCUGUCCAGCAUUGUUCAAGUCAAUCGCCCUGGAAGCAAUCGGUUUGAAUCCAGACUCUUCUAACGAGAUAUAUGCAAUAGAGACACAAGAGAAUGUACAGUACCUUACUGGAGCCAGCCCCAUGGCAUUUAUUGCAUACUACAUGAUGUCGGUAAUGGAGAUGGAGGAUCUACCAUACAGGGGAUUUACAGUUGGUAGGAGUUAUGACAGCCUAAAAGAUUCAGAUAAGUUUGAUGGACUCCAUAACAACUUUCAGACUCAAAAGGUUGAACUUUGUGGUGUGUGUGAAAACAGCGACAUUGCCAGCAGUGCUCUGUUUACACAGUUUCUCCGUACGGCAACGGAUCUCCUGGUGAAACUUCCUUUACGCUACCGACUUACUUCCGUCCCGAGCGCCCAGCUUCUCCCAAGCAUGCAUUUAAAAUAUGCCAUUGAAGUCUGGAUCCCAAACAUAGCUGAAUUUGUGGAGGUUGGGUGUGUAUACAGCUGUACAGACUACAUAAGCCGCAGAGUCAAGAUGAGAUACCCAGCCAUUCCUACCCAGAGUGCCUCCCAAAGUAGACAACGAAACUUCCUUCACACGGUACACUGCACAGCCCUGGAUACAUCUGUUCUGCUUGCAGCUCUACUUCCAGCCCAACAGGUGCCAGAUGUUCUUGAACGCCAUAUGCCACAAUCUCUAACGUAACAGCAGGAGUGAAAAUUUGAGCUGUCUCCAAGUACUGUAGCAUAAAGAACCACACCUGGGAUGCAGUGUCUAGGAGGAGGAACUGGAAACCAGACGGUGUUAU